AUGUCGCAAAUAGGCAAUGGAUCGUUUGAGGCUCCUAGAGCAAAGCAGACACAGGAAAAGCCUGGGCUUGAGACUCGAAUGCAACCGCCAAGCGAAUCCACGCGCCUAGAAUCGAGCACCGGGCUUGUUGAAUACGUGGGCUCGAACAAAUUGAAAGAUAAAAAGGCCCUGAUCACCGGGGGCGAUUCAGGUAUUGGCCGUUCUGUGGCCGUGUUAUUCGCCAGGGAGGGCGCGGAUAUCACCAUCGUCUACCUUCCACGAGAGCAGGAGGAUGCAGAGAAGACAAAGUCUCUUGUGCAGAAGGAAGGCCGCGCUUGUCACCUGAUCGCCGGUGAUUUGAGAGAAAAUGCGACAUGCGAAAGCGCAGUCAAGGAGCAUGUUGAUCGGUUCAAGCAAAUCAACAUUCUGGUCAACAACGCUUCUCAACAAUAUGUCUGUAAAGACCUUGCCCAGAUCGAUCUCGACCAGGUAGAGAAUUGUUUCCGGACCAAUAUCCUGCAAAUGUUUGCCAUUACAAAAUACGCGCUCCCGCACAUGUCAAAGGGCGACUCGAUCAUCAACAAUACAUCUGUCGUCACCUUCCGUGGAUCAAGUAGCAUGGUUGACUACGCUGCAACUAAAGGUGCGAUCGUGGGAUUCACCAGAUCCCUGUCCUUACAGCUUAUUCCGAAGGGCAUUCGUGUGAAUGCUGUGGCUCCUGGCGCGAUUUACACGCCGAUUCAAGUGGAUAGUAGAGAUGCCGAGUCAAUGGAAGGCUGGGGUUCGAACAAACAGCUUGGGCGUCCUGGACAAGCGAGCGAGGUGGCUACCAGUUUUGUUUUCCUGGCUAGCAAGGAUGCAUCUUUCUAUUCUGGACAAAUUCUGCAUUGCUAUCCUCUCGGUGACUAG